GCUAUUUUCCGCUUUUCAUAGUUGUGAUAUGAACGGUUGACAUGGAUGCUGGGCAUUUUUUUUCUUCCGGUGAUCAUCACACCUGUGCAUCCGCUACUCCACGGGGUAUUUAUUGAAAAUCAUUAGAGUGAAAAGGUUAAAAACGAAACCGUUUUUGGAUCCGUUCAUCUUCACUUUUAUAAACUUGUGAGACCCUCAGGAGAAAUGGAGCUGAUGGGAUCCACGCUAACGGCCACAUAUGCCCGUCCCAAAACCAGUCACUUCCUCCCUGCCAUCUCCACCAUGGCAUCCAGCUACCGCGGCCACCAACCAGCCCUGGCCAUGAGCCACAGUGCCAACCAGCCCUGGAGGACCAACACCUACUACAGGACAGGGAGUGCCAUCCCCGCCUUCUCCUCCCUCCAGAGGGAUAACCUCGACCUGGUCCGGGCCAACACCACCUUCUACCCAUCCAACAGGUCUGCCUUGACCACUCGCUACACCCCAAACGACUGGUACAUGUCCAACCAGAGCAACUACAGGGAGUCGGAGUCUUCCAGGAACAGCGCGGAGAGACUGAGGAAAGACACCAUCAGGCUUAUGCAGGAUAAGGAGCAGUUGACGCGACGCACGCAGGAGACCACCAGCAGGAACAUCGGCGAACGCCUCAACGACAUCGUCUUCUGGCGGUCGGAGUUGCACCACGAGAUCGACAACAUGGUGAGCGAGAUAGCGGCCCUCACCGAGGUGAAGAGGAGGCUGGAGAGAGCGCUGGCCGAGACGGAGGGACCGCUCCAGGUAUCUCAGGAGUGCUUAUACCACAGGGAGAAGAGGAUGUCCAUCGACCUGGUGCAUGAUGGCGUGGAGAAAGAUCUCAUCAGGGAAGUAGAGGUCAUCAAGUCAUGCCAGGAAAGGAUGAGACGCCACCUGGACAGAGCCGUCGCUCAGCUGGCGUCGAACCGAGCGUCCCAACACGAGCUGGAGAGAGACCUCAACGACAAGGUGACUGCCCAGAGGAUAGACGACAGGUGCCACCAUCUUAGGAACACGUCGGAUGGCAUCGGCUACUACAGAGGGAUCGACAGACUGGACCCCUCGCUGUCCUUGCCCGACUCGUGGUCCAAGUUCACGGACGACAACCUUCUCCACUCCCAAAGCCAGCGUGUGGCCUCGCACAAGCUCCGGGAUGAGAUUGAGGUGCUGAUGAACGCCACGUCCAGUGAGAUGUGGAACCAGUUCAACAAGGUCAACAUAGCCUUCACCGGCCGCAUGUCGGAGACGUCGGACGCCAAGAACAGCCUUCAGACCCAUCUGGCCAAGACCCUCCAGGAGAUCUUCCAGACGGAGAUGCUGAUUGAGUCCCUGAAGAAGGCGCUGAGAGACAAGGAGAACCCCCUGAGGGUGGCCCAGACCAGGCUGGAGGAGAGGACACGGAGGCCUAACGUGGAGCUCUGCAGAGACAACCCCCAUCACAGACUGAUCAGUGAGGUGAGGGAGAUCGAGGACACCAUCCACAAGCUGCGCGAGAGGCUGCAGGAGGCAGAGAACACCCUGCAGACGCUGGUCAAGACCAAGGCCACCCUGGAACACGACCUGUCCGUCAAGGCCAACUCCCUCUUCCUGGACCAGGAGAAGUGCAUGAGCAUGCGCAAAACUUUCCCCAGCAUGCCACGCCUGGUGGGCUACACCUAGAUACAGCUCACCUAGACAGGACCACAUGACCACCUAGAUAUCACCCACCUAGACAAGACCACAUAACCUCCUAGAUACAGCUCACCUUGACAGGACCACAUAAGCACCAUAGAUACAGCUCACCUAGACAGGACCACAUAAGCACCCUAGAUACAGCUCACCUAGACAUGACCACAUAACCUCCUAGAUACAGCUCACCUAGACAGGACCACAUAAUAUCCUAGAUACGGCUCACCUAGAUAGACCACCUAACAACCUAGAUAUAACUCACCUAGACAGGACCACAUGACCACCUACAUAUAAAUCACCUAGACAGGUCCACAUGACCUCCUAGAUACAGCUCACCUAGACAGGACCACAUAAGCACCCUAGAUACAGCUCACCUAGACAUGACCACAUAACCUCCUAGAUACAGCUCACCUAGACAGGACCACAUAAUAUCCUAGAUACGGCUCACCUAGAUAGACCACAUAACCACCUAGAUAUAACUCACCUAGACAGGACCACAUGACCACCUAGAUAUAAAUCACCUAGACAGGUCCACAUGACCUCCUAGAUACAGCUCACCUAGACAGGACCACAUAAGCACCUAGAUAUAACUAACUUAGACAGGACCACAUGACCACCUAAAUAUAACUCACCU